AUGUUAGAAAGUACAGCAGUUGUUGCACAACCAACUCUGUCUGUGCUAAACCGGAGCCCAAAGUUGCUUGAUGGACCACGGUUGUUGCACCACCUCUUAGAUCUCGGGUCAUCCCAGACUUGCGCCAUAGAUUUCUUGCGGAAGGACGGGAGCCAUACGAGUAUGUCUUAUUCUGAACUGGACUCUACCACGACAGCUUGGGCGACGAGGCUCCAGCAAUCACUUGCAACGAAGGCCAGCCCGCAAAAGCAAGUCAUACCAGUUCUGAUACCGCAAUCUCCGGAGCUUUACAUUGCGUUGGUUGCGAUUCUCAAAGCAGGCGCGGCAUUUUGCCCGUUGAAUCUAGAUGCGCCAGAGAGACGCCUGGAAUUCAUUCUCAAGGAUGUUUCUGCAGGGAUCAUUCUUACUACAUCCGAAUUCAAUGUCAGGAUACCUAAAGACGAUACCCUGGAAAUCAUUUGCAUCGACGAAGAACCCCCUCCUGCAGCUGCUGGUCGCGCAGCCUCAAUUUCACAGCCGCAGCCGGAGGACCUCGCCUAUGUCAUGUAUACUUCUGGAUCUACAGGCACUCCUAAAGGCGUCGGCCUAUCUCAUUUCGCGGUAACCCAGAGUCUACUGGCUCACGAUCGGCACAUCCCUGCAUUCUCUCGCUUUCUGCAGUUUGCUGCACCAACGUUCGAUGUAUCAAUGUUCGAGAUUUUCUUUCCCUUAUUAAGAGGUCGCACCCUUGUUGGCUGCGAUCGUGAUCGCUUACUGGACGAUCUACCAAACGUCAUCAAUGAGCUGGAGGUCGAUGCUGCAGAGCUGACUCCUACCAUUGCGGCAACUUUACUGCGUAGCAGGGACUCUACGCCUGGUCUGAAAUUACUUCUUACCAUUGGCGAGAUGCUUACAACACCUGUCACUAAUGAGUUCGGAGGCAAAGAAGAGCGUCAUAGUAUCCUGUGGGGGAUGUACGGCCCCACAGAAGCCGCGAUACACUGCACUGUGCAGCUGGAUUUCCAGGCAUCAUCGAAAGUAGGUAUGAUUGGGAAACCACUUGAUACUGUGUCAACCUUUAUCGUUGGCCCUUCUGCGCCCGAAUCGCAGAAGCGGACCGAUGUAGAUAUUUUACCGAUCGGCCACAUCGGUGAACUUGCUCUCGGCGGACAUCAGCUGGCCAACGGCUAUCUUAACAGGCCCGAGGAGACCGCCACGGCUUUUGUUGAGACAAAGGAACACGGCCGACUGUACCGGACCGGCGACAAGGCAAGGAUGCUGCCCGACGGAACCAUUGAGUGUCUCGGACGCAUCGUCACCGGGCAGGUGAAGCUACGAGGUCAACGUAUCGAACUCGGCGAAGUUGAGCAAGCAGUCGCUCGUGUUCCGGGUUGCCGGAGUGUAACUGCAAGCAUAGUUGCAAGCGUCCUGGUAGUAUUCUGUUUGAUCGACGACGGCGGAACGUCGAAGCAAGAAGUACUAGACAUGUGUCGUCGCUGGCUCCCAGCUUUCAUGAUUCCUGGCGACGUCAUACUUCUCUCAGAACUCCCUCGGUUGUCAUCUGGAAAGAUCGACCGAAAGAGGUUGGAGAGUGACUAUGAACGGUGUAAGGAAGACGCUGUCCGGGAUGAUGGUGUCUACUCCGACAGCACUGAGCAAAAGAUAUGCGAAAUUAUACAAGAAGUCCUUCACCAAAGAACCACAUCGUCCACUGUUCUAUCGACCACUGGACUCGAUUCCUUGAACGCAAUCAGAGCCGCGUCGUCUCUCCGGAAAGCGGGAUUUUCCCUGACAGCUGUCGACAUACUGGCUGCAAAAGACGUAAAAACUCUCCGGAAUACCAUCGACAAAAAACAAAGUCUACCGAAUAAUGGAGAGCAUGAAGCUCCAAAAACAGACAUAUUUGAAGAGCUGCGAGCAGUAAUCCUGAACGGUCCGGACAUGGUGUCGUGCCAGUCGCAAGUUUAUGACGUCCUUCGUUGCACUCCCCUUCAAGCAUCUAUGCUCGCGGAGAGCGCUGUCCGGCCACAAGCUUAUUGUAACUGGAUAGAGCUUGAGUUCCCUGCCGGAAGUACGGCCGAAGCCAUCACGUACUGGGUUUCGGCGCUGGCAGUGAAGCACUCGUCACUCCGCUCGGGGUUUGUUACUGUAGCAGCAUCGAAGCAUUCUCAUGCUCAGGUAGUCUGGACAGAGCUGAACAACGAGCAAAUCUUAGAAGUUACUCAAUUCAACUACGCCUAUGACGUUCACAGUUCGGGAGCGUUACUUCGGCCGCUGAAGAUCCAGGUUAACUGCACCGGUGAUAGGUCACGCGUGCUCCUUCAGUUGCAUCAUGCCCUGUAUGAUGGAUGGUCUGUUGACCUCAUGCUCAAAGAUCUCGACAGUCUUGUAGCUAGUAAAUCUUUAAGCAACGGACCACAGUUCCGGCCCGUUGCUGAGUUCUAUGCCUCAGUCAAACACAUCGAGGAUUGGGAGCUCGCGAAAGAAUACUGGGCCAAGCAUCUAGCAGACUUCACCCCGACAAGUUUUCCAAACCUGCAUGGACGUCUCCACGAAGACGAUUCGCUGACAUCGAUGAGAUACAAACUGGCAAUACCAUGGGAGGAUGUAAAGUCGCUGGCCAGUCAACUUAGCAUCAACCCACAGGUUUUCUUCCAGGCGGCAUUUGCCUACCUUCUCAGUCACUACUUUGGAAGCAGUGAUGUCGUCUACGGCACCGUCACCUCAGGCCGCACGAUUCCCGUCACUGGCAUCGAAGACAUCGUUGGUCCAUGUAUAUGUACACUGCCGUUACGUGUGGAUAUCUCGCGUUCCAGGACCGUUAAAGACCUGCUGCUAAGCAUACAAUGUUUGAACCGAGACCUGCUUCGGCACUGCAUCCUCCCGCUGCUGGAUAUCAAGCAGGCUUGUGGUGUGAGACCAGGCACUGCUCUGUUCGAUACGCUACUAGUGUGGCAGGAAAGCUUGGAAAGUCACAGCAGCGAGUCCAGAAGUGUUCGUCAAAUCAACUCUGCAGAUCAACUGGAGUUCAAGCUCAUCAUGGAGUUGGAGCCGCGAGCGGAUCAUGUUACCGCCAAGGCCACCUAUCAGAAAUCCACAGUACCUCAUGCUCAUAUGCAGCUACUGUUCGAGCAGCUUGAUCAGCUUGUCACCCAUUUUGCUCGCAACGUCGAGUGUAGUGUUGACGAUCUGGGCGACAUCUUCGCCAUGCAUACAUUGUCCGUCGCAAACCCAUACUUCGAGCGCCAAGAUACCAGCCAAGGCCUUACUCACUCUGUAGAAAUGAGGGCUACGACGAGUCCCGACGAUCUGGCCGUAGUGUUUGCUGAGUCGAUUAGCGAGACGUCGACUCAGACCCGGACUAUCACCUACCAAGAAUUCAAUCUUCGGUCCAACAAGCUUGCCCAUUUUCUUAAAGCUCAGGGUGUUCAUCCGGAUGACCUUGUCUGCAUCUGCAUGGAGAAAAGCCUGGAGCUCUACAUUGCCAUCUUAGCUACAAUCAAGGCAGGUGCAGGAUACCUCCCAGUCACACCCGAAACGCCGCAAGAAAGAAUCCGUUAUAUCCUGCAGGAGGCAGGAGUCAAACUCUGUCUCACUCAAAUGGGAGCAUCAUCCAACCUUGCCAAAGAUGCAGAGUGUGAGAUCAUCUUUGUGGAUCAGCUUGAUCUCGAGAUGUACCCAGAACACAACCUUUGCCAACCCUAUCGGGGAUCCAACUUAGCCUACGCCGUGUUCACCUCCGGCAGCACCGGUACUCCGAAGGGCGUACUCGUGACACAAGACAACCUUGUCAGCAAUCUGAAGGUCUUGAGUGAGAUUUAUCCAGUUUCUGAAGGGUCCCGGCUGUUGCAAUCCUGCUCCCAAGCGUUCGACGUUUCCGUGUUCGAGAUAUUCUUCGCCUGGUACUCUGGCAUGUGCCUUUGCUCUGCUACCAAAGACGUCCUCUUUCAUGAUUUGGAGAAUGCUAUCCGCCAGAUGAACAUCUCCCACCUCAGUCUAACACCUACAGUGGCUGCAUUAGUGCACCCCCUCAACGUGCCAAAAGUGAAAUUUCUUGUCACCGCCGGAGAAGCUGUGACGGAGCAUGUACGGAGAGCGUGGGCAGGUAGGGGCCUCUACCAGGGGUAUGGACCAUCUGAAACGACGAACAUUUGCACGGUUAAAGGGGAAGUCGCGCCCACGGAUUUAAUCAACAACAUCGGAGGACCUUUCAAAAAUACAUCGGUCUUCAUCUUGGAAGAGGGCGGCACGAAACCUGUGCCCAAAGGCGGCAUUGGCGAGCUGUGUUUCGGCGGUGAUCAAGUGUUCCGGGGCUAUCUGAAUGCACCCGAGCUCACGGCUUCAAAAGUCAUAGACCAUCCUGAGUUCGGCCGACUUUACCGCAGCGGUGAUCUUGGACGGCUACUUACCGACGAUUCCAUACUGUUCGCUGGCCGCUCAGAUGACCAGGUCAAGAUCCGUGGUCAGCGAGUCGAACUUGGCGAGAUUAAUAGCUGUGUGUUGGAUGACAAGGCGGUCCGCGACUGUGUUUCACUCAUUAUCCGGAACGAUAAGUUCAACGUGCAACAGCUCGUCGCAUUCUGGGUUCCCUCGAGUAGCUCAACUCGAGACCAUCUCGUUCUACCUGCAGAAACAGCUCUAACAGUCAUCAUUGCACGGUUGUAUGAAACAUUGUCGAGUAAGCUUCCUGUCUACAUGAUCCCGAAGGCACUGGUACCAGUCGCCUCUAUCCCUAUGACUGUGCAAGGCAAGGUCGAUCGACGCAAGAUUGAAGCGAGCUACGAGAGCUUGAGUUUGGACUACCUGAACGCAGUCUCGCAAGCCUCCUCAGAAGGAGGAGAUGAAGAUCGAGCCAACUGGACCGGGACUGAGGACCGUAUGGCGGAAGCACUUGCGAAAGUCUUGGAUCUCGCUGCAGGUGAAGUAAAACGACACUCUUCAUUCUUUAGCCUUGGCCUGGACUCCAUAUCUGCCAUCGCGUUCUCAAGAGCAUUGAAAGAUAUCGGCUUUCCCACGAUUGCAGUCUCUGCUAUACUCAAGAAUCCUUCCAUAGCCCGCCUAAGCCGUCAGAUGUCUGAGGAGAGGUCUCCAAAGCCCGCGCUAGAGGUAGAUCUUGACAAAGUCUUUACUGAUGAAACACUGUCGCGGAUUCAGAAAAUUGUUCGCGAACACGGAAACAAGCCUCAGAAGGUCUUACCCUGCACGCCUUUGCAGGAAGCCAUGCUUUCGACUGGCGCCUCCUCAGCGACAUCGACGUACUGCAACCAGAUGACUUUCGAGGUCACUGGUGAACUUGAUCGGCUCAAAGACUGCUGGGUCUUGAUGUGCCGCAGACACGAUAUCCUCAGAACCUGCUUCGUACCGACAGAGGAGCCCGAAUAUCCGUUCGCUCAAGUCGUUUUGGAAGACACCCACCCUCCUUGGGAUGCGAUCGAGUCAGAAACCAGAAAUUUAUCGGAUGAUUUUAAUGAUCGUUCUCGUAGAACCAUCUCAUCCCUCAUAGAGUCGUACCGGCCUCCUCUGUACUUUACCACAGCUGUCUCAGGAGGCUCGAAGUACCUUCUCUUCACCUGUCAUCACUCGUUGUAUGAUGGUGCUGCCAUUGCAGAACUGCUUCACGAAGUUGAGCAAACAUACCAAGGCGAGAGUCUCCCGCCCGCGGUUCUAUACGAGCCUUAUCUUGAACAGAUGUUGGCCACGAGGAAAGACACAACCGAUGAGUUUUGGAGAGAGAUGCUCCGUGCUUUUGAGCCCUCCGCCUUUCCGGACCUCACAGGCAGAUCUUACAACUCCCGCAAACGCAUGACUAAAAGACUAGUCCAUUCAGAAACGCUACCGGUGUCAUUCAACGCCUUGGAAGCGCGAUGUAGGCAGUUGUCAGUAUCUUUGCUUUCCCUGGGACAAGCUGCAUUGACGAAAGUUCUCGCGCUGUAUCUGAACGAGACAGACUUGUGCUUUGGCAACGUCUACUCUGGCCGCACGCUUCCCGUGGAUGGUUUGGAGAGACUCGUUGCGCCUUGCUUCAACACUCUGCCGGUCAGAGUUACUUUUGCGACACAGACACAGAAUAUAGAGCUCAUGAGAGCAUUGCAAGACACGAAUGCCGAUGUCUUACCGUUUCAGUUAACGCCGCUUCGGCGCAUUCAGUCUCAAUUCGGUUCUGACGGAAGUCGCCUCUUUGAUACCCUUUUCCUUUUGCAGCAGCCUUCUGAAGGGCUGAACAGCCAUAUCUGGAAGCUAAAAGAAGAUCUGGGGGAGAUGGACCUGCCGCUUGUAUGGGAGCUGACACCUAACGUUAAAGAUGAUACCCUUGUUUUAGCAUUACACUUCCAGGAAUCUAUUAUGUUCGCCGAAGGCGCGCGGAACGUUGCUCAGGCUUUUCUGUCCGCAUUGAACUCAUGUAUUCAGUAUCCUCACGCACCGACAACCGAUUUGGCACACCUACCAAGCCACCUACUUUCGAUCAGCGAUCCGCAUCCCACCAGAUAUGACCCCGAGGACGGACCACUCCUCCACUCUGCAUUCGAGAAGAAUGCAUCCGCCCGCCCGAGUUCCCCGGCUCUCGUUUUCCAGCAUGUUGAUGGCACUAGAACUCAAUAUACAUUCGAAGAGCUGAACCAGAAAUCUAACCGCAUAGCGCACGCCUUGCUAGAAGCCGACGUUGGCCUUGAAGAUGCUGUUCCGGUUUGCAUUCCAAAGGGGCCUCUAUUCUAUGCAAGCGUUCUGGGGGUUCUGAAAGCCGGAGCCGCCUUUACGCCGUUUGAUCCAGACUUGCCGGUGCAGCGGAAGCAGUACAUGCUUGAAGAGCUCAAUGCGAAGACCGUUCUCCAUUCCGACGGCAUCGAUGUGUCAUGGGCUGGCGACGUACAAACCAUCGACAUCAGUCGCAUUGAUUCGUAUCCCACAUCAAACCCAGUUGUUCCAGAUUUGAAGGACAUCAAUCUGGCAUACAGGCUAUACACGUCGGGCUCGACUGGCAAGCCUAAAGCAGUCAGCGUAGAGCACCGCAAUCCAGUUCAGACCGUUGAGAGCUCUCGUUCCAUCAUACCAUGGAAUCAUGACACUCGCUUGCUCCAGUUUGCGGCUACUACGUUCGAUAUGUGCUACUAUGACUGCUUCCUGGCAUGGUCCUUUGGCUUCUGUCUUUGUGCAGCUGAACAGCGGACAAUGCUUGAUGAUACACCUUCAAUCAUCAACUCGUUAGCGAUUACUCAUAUGGAUCUGACGCCGUCGGUGGCAUCGAACAUUUCGAGCGAAUCCGUACCCACAAUCGAAUAUCUCUACUGUAUCGGCGAGGCCAUGCCACAGAGUUUGGUCGACGAGUGGGCUGGGAAAUGCGUCAAUUCCUAUGGACCGACGGAAGCUGCUUUCUGUUGUACCAUUUUCCCAGUGGAUUCGGAGGUCAAGUCCGCCGUUAUUGGCAAGCCCUUUCCGACAACCACUUUUACUGUCUUAUCUUCGGACGGUAACCGCGUCCUGCCGGUUGGGGCUUCCGGUGAGCUGCACAUUGGCGGCCAUCAAGUGGCGCGAGGCUAUCACGCAAACGAGGAAUUGACUGGAUCACGCUUUAUACAAAGGGACGGUCAGCGGCUCUACAAGACCGGCGAUGUUGUUCGUAUGCUCAACAAUGGGACUUUUGAGUUUAUUGGCCGUUCCGAUGACCAGGUAAAGAUCCGCGGGCUUCGCGUUGAGCUGGGCGAGAUCACUCAAGUCAUUCGGAACUCGGACGACCGGAUUCAAGAUGCCUCAACCCAGGUGCUACGCCUACCAAACAGCUCCAAGGACCAACUGGUCGCAUUUUUAGCUUUGGAUUCCAACAAGGGCGACUUCGAUCACGACGGCAUCAAACACGCAGCCCGAUCUGCUGCGAGUGCUUCUCUGCCGUCGUAUAUGGUCCCCACAUUUUUCCUCACUCUCGAGCGCAUCCCAUUGUCAGCUGCUGGCAAGGUUGACAAAAAGAGGCUGCGAGCCCUAUUUGAGGAACGUGCCGCGGACAUGAUUGACGCCGAUGAAGAUGGCACCCUCGAUACGAACGAGGACUGGACCACGCCUGAAUCACAGAUCCGAUCCGCAUUCGCAAAGCUGUCCAGAACAUCAAUUGAGCGCAUCAAGCGGGGCACCACUAUCUACCAGCUCGGACUUGACAGCAUCAGUGCGGUCCAAGUAGCUUCGGAGCUGAGAAAUCAGGGCUUGCAAGUAAUUGCAAGUGACAUUCUUGAACAUCCGACCUGCGCAGAUCUGGCUUCCUCCUUGACCAAGUUGCACAGGUCUCAGUCCCCUCAGCAGCGCCGCUUCGACUUUGAGGCCUUCGCCAGCCAAUUCCUACCUGUUGCUUGCGAAGAUGUCGGCAUACCGGUCGAGACUAUCGAGUCCUUGUUGCCAUGUACUCCGCUUCAGACCGGAUUGAUCGCUCCAUAUGUGCGGUCUCAGGGCAAGAUGUACUUCAACUAUCUGCGCUUUGGUAUCGACCCGGAGGUCACUUGCUCCACCUUGCGCAACGCUUGGGAGUCCGUAUGUAGCAAGCAUACAAUGCUGCGAACCGGAUUUGUCCAUGUGAAUCAUUUACAGCAUUCCUUCGCUAUGGCCAUACACAAGUACUCACCGGAUAUCGUGCCGUUAACUAUCAUUGAGGACAAGAGCAUGUCAGACAAAGAAAUUGAGGCAUGGCGCCAGAAAGCGGCGACUGACGCAUCGCAAUCGUUACACUGCCCUCAGUGGCGUGCAAUCAUCGUGGCUGCUGACGACGGCUUGGUGAUGCACGUCUGCAUGCUGCACGCCAUUUACGAUGCGCAAAGUCUCCGUAUCAUCCUGGAAGAUCUUACAGCUGCAUGUAACGGCGAGCCACUGAAGCCAGCACGGCCAAUCGAGCCGGUACUGGACGCGAUACUCACAGGAAGUAACGAAGACAAUGGAGCGGAUUAUGAAUUUUGGAAGAAACAAGGACAUCAUAUGCCGACCAGUAAAUUUCCCAACAUGACGCCUCUCCGGGUAUGCAAUCGCAAGUCGCAGGUUCUGGUAAAAGCCUAUUCCCGAACCAUCAUGGAGCUUGAGCAAGGGUGCCGCAAAGCCAAUAUCACUAUACAAGCUGCCGGGCAAGCGGCAUGGGCUCGUCUGCUCUCAGCCUAUAUCGGUGAGCCGGCAGUUACGUUCGGAGUCGUCUUAUCCGGCCGUACCAUACAGGGUGCACAGUCGGUUGCUUUCCCAUGCAUCACCACAGUGCCACUUACCUGCAAGCCCACAGACAGCAAUCGAUUGCUUCUGAACCACAUGAUGCAAUUCAAUUCUGCUGUACAAAGACACCAGUUCACGCCCUUGACUAGGAUACAGCGUCUGGCCGGCCACGGUGACGGGACUCUGUUCGAUACUCUGUUCGCGUAUCAAAAGUUGCAACAUCACCAUGAAUGGGAUAUGCCUUGGAAGAUCGAGGACGAAGAGGCUACGGCAGACAGUCAGUACACUAUAUCCGUGGAACUUGAACCGCUCGCGGAUCGACAUCUCCAGUUCAGGAUUACGUAUCUCCAGGACGUCAUACCUAAAGAACAGGUGGAAAAGCUACUGAAUCAACUCGACGCCCUGCUAACUAAUCUCAUGGUGUCUCCUGAUGCCUCUUUUGACGAGUUCUUGCGUAGUAAUCCAGCGCUGACUUCAGUGACUCCAGCAAAAUCUCCGGAGCUUAGAUCGGAUGUCAAGCUACUGCAUGAGUUUGUGGAACAGGGUGCCCGGAUGAAUCCGCAGAGAAUUGCGUUCGAAUUUGCAACAAGUCUCGAUAAUGGUUGCGUUGUCAGCCGCUGCUGGACCUACGCACAACUGAACGCCGAAGCAAACAAAAUCGCUCAUCUGCUGCUCAAACGCGGCGCCAAGCCUGGCGAUCUUGUGGCAAUGUGCUUCGACAAAUGUCCGCAGGCUUCAUUUGCCAUGUUGGGCAUUCUGAAGGCAGGCUGCGCUUUCGUUGCCCUCGAUCAUGGGGCCCCUAUCAGUCGAAAGUCCUUCAUUGUAGAAGACUCGAUCGCGUCAAUUGUACUGUCUAUGAGGGAGCAGUCAGAUCAAUUCCCGCAGGAGAUCAAGGUACCCAUUAUCAACCUGGAUGACGACUAUACUGCAGAAAAUUUGUCCGAUCGCUCACCCGAUUUGACGCGCACUAUAAACCCGUGGGACCGCACCUACUGCUUGUACACUUCAGGUACGACGGGCACGCCAAAGGGUUGUGAGUUGACACACGAGAACGCCGUUCAGGCCAUGCUCGCUUUUACGAGGAUGUUCGAUGGCCAUUGGGAUGAGGACUCUCGCUGGCUGCAAUUCGCCUCUUUCCACUUCGAUGUCUGUGUGCUCGAGCAAUUUUGGAGCUGGUCAGUAGGCAUUCGAGUGGUAUCCGCUCCUAGGGACUUAAUCUUCGAGGAUUUGGCAGGAUCAAUUCGAACCUUAGGUAUCACGCAUAUCGACUUGACUCCAAGUCUUGCAAGAGUACUUCAUCCGGACGAUGUGCCAAGCCUCUGUAAAGGCGUCUUCAUCACUGGUGGUGAGCAGCUAAAACAGGAAAUUCUGGACACCUGGGGCCCCAAAAGAGUCAUCUACAAUGGGUAUGGACCGACUGAAGCCACUAUCGGCGUCACCAUGUUUCCGAGAGUUCCUGAGAAUGGCAAACCGUCCAACAUUGGACGACAGUUCGAUAACGUCGGUUCUUACGUACUCCGGCCAAAGUCUGAUGUGCCAGUCCUGCGUGGCGCGGUCGGAGAGCUGUGUGUCUCCGGCAAGCUGGUCGGCAAGGGUUACCUAAACCGGGUGGAUCUCACGCAUGAACGAUUCCCGAUGCUCGAAAGCUUCGGCGAAAGAGUCUACAGGACUGGAGACCUUGUGCGAAUUUUACACGACAACACUUUUGACUUUCUGGGCCGCGCCGACGAUCAGGUGAAGCUUCGCGGUCAGCGGUUGGAGAUUGGAGAGAUCAACAGCGUUAUCAAGCAAGAAGUUGAUGGGAUCCAGGAAGUGGUUACUCUGGUUCUGAAACAUGCAAAGCAGCAGAAAGAGCAGCUUGUGAGCUUUGUAGUCCGCGAGCUCUCGACUGGCCCGAAUACAAAUCCCAGGGUUUCUACCGACUCGCAAGACAUUGAGAUCGCUGCUGCGGCUCGGGAAGCUUGUCAAGGCAGACUACCAGGAUACAUGGUCCCGACCCAUGUAGUGCCUCUUACAGCAAUACCCUUGUCCACCAACAACAAAGCGGAUGCAAACCGACUCAGGAACUUGUAUGACGAAAGGACUCCGGAUGAGUUGCAGAGGCUGUCUGGCUUGAGAGAGGACGAUAGUACUUCAAUGUCCGAAGAGGAGAGGAAGAUUGCUGGGGUACUUGGAAGCAUGGCUCAGAUCAACGAAGAUGACAUCAGCAGAUCCUCCACCAUUUUUGAACUAGGCCUCGACUCCAUUUCAGUCCUGGGGUUCUCUCACGCUCUCAAGAAGGCCGGCUUUGGAAACGCUCAUGCGUCUUUGAUUUUGAGAAACCCUACGAUACCUCGACUCGCCAAAGUAAUGGGUUCCGGGAAGUCCUCCAAAGCUGCCUCAGAUGGCUCAGUAACUACAGCAAAGCAGCUUAUCGCAGCAUGUCAACACCGUUACAAGAGCUUUGCUGCUCACGCCCUUGGUAUCGAGCAAAAAGAGAUAGAGAGCAUUGCGCCUACCACACCCUUACAGCAAGGGAUUAUCUCUAGGUCAUUGGAGAGCGAAGAACCGGCAUAUUUUGGUGCCUUCUAUUUCGCAAUUUUGGACGGGACCGACCUAGCUAGGUUGCGGAGGGCUUGGGCUCAAGCCUUUCGAAGCGUUCAGACGCUCCGUACCAGGUUCAUCCCUACUGAGCAGGGUCAUAUACAGGUUGCACUGCGGAAAGGCCAGCUGCCAUGGAUCGAAUGCACAGUCCCAGACCAUAUGACUUCCGAAGAGUUUCUUCAUAACCGCGUGCACAAGUGGUGGAGGCAAAACAGAGAUCACUUCAGCAAACCGUUCGAGAUUGUUAUUGCUCGCUUACCCAGUGCCACCAUCAUGGCAGUACAUCUGUUUCACGCUCUCUACGAUGGCGCUAGCUUGCCGAUCCUACUUCAGAAGGUCCAAGCGGAAUACAGAGAGUCGCAAGAUAUUGAUUACGGGCCUGCCUUCCAGGACGUUCUACCAUACGGUCCCCUACGGGAGAUCGGCGGUGCCCGGGAAUUCUGGACGAACAACCUGUCCAACGCUCGGCCGCGGCCAAUGCCAUGUCUAGUAUCACACGCUGGUGACGAUGACACCUCGGUGGUCGUUGAGCUUCAGAACCUUGACGGACUUGAAACAGUUCGGCGAAGGCUCAAUGUGACUCUUCAAGCGCUCAUACAGGCUUGUUGGGCUGCCGUCCUGCAGCAGUGUUUCGCCGGCGAUGUCACAUUCGGAAUGGUUGUCUCAGGUCGGUCCAUCGACUUUGAGGGUGUGGAGCAAGUAAUAGGUCCGCUCUUCAACACUGUCCCAUUCCACUUGCGAUUCACUGCUCAAGAUACAUGGUCCUCGAUAGUCAGAAGGUGUCACGAUUUCAAUCUGGAGGCUUUGCCUUUCCAACACACAGCACUAAGAGACGUUAUGAAGUGGUGUAAGCGCACAUCGGACCAUCCGUUCUUCGACACGCUCUUCGUUUUCCAGAAAGUGGUGGAAGAUCCGGUGGCUUCCGGGAUCAAGAGUUUAUGGACGCCUGUGGAUUCGGAGGUUCAGGCCGACUACCCGUUGGCAUUCGAGGUGGAGCAGCAGACAGAAUCCAGCCUGAAGCUUACCCUUGUGACCCAAAGCCACGUCUCUAACCAAGAGAGCUCGGCGGAUCUGUUGCGCGCCUUUGAGAACGCUUUACAGAAUCUGCUAAACGACCCCGACGCACGUGUUGCGGACACCGUACAUAUAGACGUUGCCUCAUCUCUUCCCAGGGAGUCGUCCGUGAAUGGCCACUCCAAUGGUUAUCUGAACGGUGUUGAAGAUUUUGAAUGGACACCGCAGGCCCUCCGGAUCAGAGACGCUGUAGCUGGACUUGCGGGAGUGGACAACUCGGAGGUUGACGAGCACGUCUCCAUAUUUGACUUGGGCCUCGACAGCAUCGAUGCCAUUAAGCUGUCUGCAAAACUCAAAGGCUUGGGAAUUCACAUUCCGGUCAGCGGCAUCAUGCGCAGCCCAACGAUUCCCAAAAUGUUGAAGCAGAUCUCCCAAGACAAUUCAGCGAACUUGAACGGGAAGAAAAGCAUUGAGUUGCCGAAGAUAGAACAAGACCUUCGACAAUACUUCCAGAGCGUCGGCCGAGAUCUGACCGGCAUAGAACAAGUACUGCCUGUCACUCCACUCCAAGAGGCUAUGGUUGCUGAAAUGAUCAACUCCGAGUUCAACCGUUACUACAACCAUGAUGUACUCAAGCUUAGUCGAGGCGUUGACAUUGAAAGAUUGAAAUAUGCGUGGCAGAAUGUCAUGAACAAGACGCCAAUCCUCCGCACAACAUUCGCCGAAGUUGGCGAUCCAGACAUACACUCUGCGUUUGCUCAGCUUGUCCACACGGGAUUGCCGCUAAAGUGGGAAGAGGUCGAACUCUCGGGCACUGAUGGUAUUUCUGGGAUUCUUGAGCAGCAUCGGCAGAUCGCGAUGGCCUCACAAUGCGAAGACGACCUGAUACAAUUGACUCUUGUACGGUCCGAGGCUGAAGUCUAUCUGGCGUUCUCAAUUGCGCACGCUUUGUACGACGGAUGGUCUUUGGGGCUUUUCCAUGAUGACCUGCGCAGAGCAUAUGGCGGUCAUACGACUUCACGCCCGCCGUUUGAUGCCAUCCUGGAGGACAUACUCGGCGCUUCCAGUCCUUCCGCAGGAGACUUCUGGCGGGAAUUUCUCUCAAACGCAGCAAAAACAAGGUUCCCAAGAAGAUCCCAUGCAGUUCAGCAGACCGAAGUUCACCGCCAGGAGCGAACCAGCUCAACAUCGGUGCAGACUCUCAAUGCCUUCUGCAAAAGCCAGGGCAUUACUCUUCAGGCUCUCGGCCAGACUUGCUGGGCUUUGCUUCUUGCCUCUCGCGUGCACAACCUCGACAUCACCUUCGGAGUCGUACUAGCGGGACGAGACAGCGAAGACGCCAUGCAGACCUUGUUUCCGACCAUGAACACAGUAGCUGUCCGCUCUAUCGUCCACGGAACGAGGAGAGAGAUGCUACAGUACGUACAGGAAAACAUCAACGGUAUCCGGGAGCAUCAGCACUUUCCUCUCCGCAAAGUGCAAGCCAUCGCCGGUUCGCAGGGUCAACCUCUCUUCGACACUCUUUUCAUCUACCAAAAGCGCCCUGAAACUGCUGCAGAGGCUGAAGAAGCCCUCUAUGAGUCCGUCGGUGGCGCUUCCAACGUGGAGUAUCCCGUCUGUGUUGAAAUGGAGACGGUAUCGGAUCAACUCAUCUGGCGUACAGCGUGCAGCGAUGAAGUUUUGAACAACGCUGAGACGGAAGAGCUACUCAAGGAGCUCGACUCCGUCCUCGGCUGUUUGAUCGUUUCGCCCGAGGCUCCCAUUCUUGAAUUCGCUGACAAAGUCUCAAUCUGCGGACUUCCGCCCUUUGCCGUAGAUGACAUCAAUGACACCGUCGGGGGUAGCGCGUCAGCAACCAACGGAACAUCGCAUCAUGCUGUUUCGUGGUCGCCUACUGAGACCUCCAUUCGGGAAGUUCUCGCAGCAGUUUCAGGCAUACCAGAAGGCGAUAUCUCCAAAGAGAUGACUAUAUUCCACAUGGGUCUCGACUCCAUCAGCGCCAUCAAAGUCUCGUCCUUGCUGCGUAAAAAGUCGAUCAAGCUCAGUGUGAGCGCCAUGCUUCGCGCAGCUACCAUUGAGAAGAUGGCUGCUGUGGUCGAUGGCCAGCAGCGGGAGCGGAUUGAUAACAGACAAUCCACAGAAGAAACUCUUUCGCAAGCGCUGGCUGGUAUCGAUCGACAAUGGCUGCUUAACUGCGCUGGUAUUGUUCAAGACAACGUGGAGCUGCUGCUACCAGCAACCGCCGGACAAGUGUAUAUGCUCGCCACAUGGAGGAACUCCGAAGGGACUCUGUUUUACCCUGCUUUCAAAUACAAGCUCAAUGGUGUCUGCGAGCUUUCUACCCUUCGACAGGCCUGGAGAAGGCUGGUGGAUGCAAACCAGAUCCUCCGUACGGUAUUGAUUGCAACCGAAAGCCAAGACAUGCCCUUCGUACAGGUAACAGUCAAAGUCACCAAGGAGACAUUCACAGAGGUGGGAUCCGACUCUGAGCAGGAAGCCGGGGACAGACCCGCGUCCCAACAACCCUUCGUCAGACUCUACGUUCGAAAGGAGGCCGACGGCUGGGCACUGAUACUCAAGAUCCACCAUGCACUAUACGACGGAGUGAGCCUACCAAAUCUGAUGCGCCAGCUCGAGGCCUUCUGCAGCUCCAACCAACAUCCAACACCAGUGCCAAACGCCUUCGCGGACUUCAUCGCCCUCAGCGCAUCAGAGAAGUCUCGCCACCAGCGACAGUCCUUCUGGACAAACUACCUCUCAGGCGCUCGCACCCGCCGUCUCGUCCAGCCCACAGCACGAAGAGGCCCACGAGUCGAGCUUUUCAGAUCCGGCGUCCUUCCCGACGCAAAGCCGCUCGAAACCCUCGCUAGGACGCAUGGCCUGAGCAUCCAAUCGCUCUUCCUGGCCGCCUACGCCAGGAUCUACGCCACGCUCGCAUCCCGCAGCAGCAGCGAAGCGAGCGAGGACGACGCGGAGGAUGUGCUGUUCGGCAUCUACCUCGCCAACCGCUCUCACCCCGUCGACGGCCUCGCGGAGCUCGCGGCCCCGACUGUCAACCUCGUCCCCUUGCGCGUGAGACAGCCUCGGCGAACGGCGGUGCUGGAUUCGGCAGCGGGAGUUCAGGCGGAUCUGCAGGACAUUGGCGGCGCGGAGGUCUCGGCUGUGGGGCUUUGGGAGAUUGAGCGCUGGACUGGCGUCAAGAUCGACUCGUUUGUCAAUUUCUUGAAGUUGCCGGAUGCGGAUGAGGUAGAGGGUGGGGCGGAUGAAGGGAGAGUUAGGAUUGAGGAAGUGGGUUCGAAGAGGAAGGGGGAGUUUGCGAGGGUGGUGGAGUCGGGUGAGGAGGCGUUUGCUGAGCCUGAGGAGCUGAAGGGGAACUUGGUGGGAGGUGCUUACCUGCAUUCGCUCGAUAUUGAAGCUACGGUGAGAGAUGGUGGAUUGGAUAUCGGCGUUUUUGGGCCGGUGGAGAUGCUGGAUUUGGAGCAUGCGGAGGGAUUGGUCGAGGAUCUGGCGAGGCUGCUAAAAGAUGUGUUGUGA